AUCACAGUGGUCGAAGAUGUGGUUCGCAGUGCUCGCUGUAGUGCUUAUGCCACUGAUCGUUCUGGUGUACUUUGAACUGAGGGCAUCGCAUCGCCGCCAACUGCUGAAGGAAUUCAAUGGACCCACUCCGGUGCCCAUUUUGGGAAAUGCCAAUCGCAUAGGCAAGAAUCCGGCAGAAAUACUGGCCACCUUCUUCGAAUGGUGGUACGACUAUGGCAAGGAUAACUUUCUCUUCUGGAUCGGAUACAGCUCUCACAUUGUGGUGACCAAUCCCAAACAACUGGAGUACAUUUUAAACAGUCAGCAGUUGAUACAAAAAUCUACCAUCUACGACCUAUUGCAUCCUUGGCUGGGCUCUGGCCUUCUAACGAGUUAUGGCAGCAAAUGGCACAAGCACCGAAAGAUGAUUACCCCAUCCUUCCACUUCAAUAUCCUGCAGGACUUCCACGAGGUGAUGAACAAAAACUCCAGCAAAUUCAUGGAACACCUGAAGAAAGCGAGUGCUGGGGAUAGUAUUAUCGAUUUCCAAGAACAUGCCAAUUACCUAACUUUGGAUGUGAUCUGUGACACGGCCAUGGGAGUGCCCAUCAAUGCCAUGGAGCAGCGUGAUUCCUCCAUUGUGCAGGCCUUCAGAGACAUGUGUUACAACUUGAAUAUGCGCGCUUUCCAUCCCUUUAAGCGAUCCCAGAGGGUCUUUUGUUUAUCCCCUGAGUUUGCAGCUUAUCAACGAACUCUGAAGACGCUGCAGGACUUUACCUAUGACAUCAUCGAAAAGCGGGUGAUUGCCCUGCAGAAUGGAGGUUCUAAGAAGGAGCAAGAUCAUUCCUUGCCCCGGAAGAAGAUGGCCUUUUUGGACACCUUGCUGUCCUCCACCAUCGAUGGUUGCCCUCUCACAAGGCAGGAGAUAUACGAGGAGGUGUCCACCUUCAUGUUUGAGGGGCACGACACGACUACCUCGGGAGUGUCCUUCGCCGGGUAUCUUAUUUCGCGGCAUCCUGAUGUUCAGAUGAAACUGUAUCAAGAGCAGUGCGAAAUAAUGGGCAAUGAUAUGAACAGGAAUGCCAGUUUCCAGGAGAUCGCCCAAAUGAAAUAUCUAGAUUUGUUCAUCAAAGAGGCACAGCGCGUCUAUCCCAGUGUUCCGUUUAUUGGUCGCUAUUGUGAUAAGGACUACGAUAUCAAUGGUAGCACUGUUCCCAAGGGCACCACUCUCAAUCUAGCCCUCGUCCUCCUAGGCUACAAUGAUCGCAUCUUUAAGGACCCCCAUCACUUUCGCCCGGAACGAUUUGAGGAGGAAAAGCCAGGACUAUUUGAGUAUUUGCCUUUCAGUGCUGGACCCCGUAACUGCAUUGGCCAAAAGUUUGCCCUCCUAGAACUUAAGACAGUGAUAUCCAAGCUGGUGCGAUCCUUUGAGGUGCUCCCAGCAGUCGAUGAGUUGGUCUCCAAGGAUGGUCGGAUAAACACCUAUCUCGGACUCUCCCCCGGAGAAAAGCUAAAGCGCGAGGCAGGGCGCCACAAGUACGUUCCAGUUCUGUCGGCGGUUUUAACCCUUAAGUCCGACAAUGGCCUGCAUCUUCGUCUCAGGGAACGUGUGGUGUGCGAAAAUCUAGGGGAAAAUAGCGCGCCCCGUGGAAAUGGAAAUGGGCUUGCUGGGGCUUCUUCUGUUAGCCACACCAGCAGCGGAAGUAGCAGCACCAGCAGCAGCAACACCAGCGGAAACGGAAACAGCAACGGCAACCUGAAUCCGCGACCGGCCCCAAAAAAUUUAUCCGUUCUUCGCUCUCUCCGUUCCGUGUUAAUUGUUAUUUAUGUAUAGUGUAUAUAUAAAG